AUGACGACGGUGCGGGGGACGCAGUACGAGCUGGCGUGCCUGCAGACGCUGGAGCGCUGGCUCCGCAUGCAGGUGUACCGCACAGGAGGCGCAAACGAUAGAGGGAUGGAUCUGUGUGGGUGGUGGGCGCCGCACGCCAUGCAGGCGCGGCGCGACACAGAGACAGCACCUUUGGAAGCAGCGGAUCGCAUGCGCGUCAUUGUCCAGUGCAAGGCCGAGGCCAAGCCAGCGGGGCCAAGCAUUGUGCGCGAGCUCGAAGGGACGCUCGUGCGUGCUGUAUGGGACAAGUUUCAGCCGAGCGAGAUGCACACGAGCGCCGCGCCUUUGUCGGCGCACGAAGCUCCUCUGGUAGGCGUUCUAGCGACCUUGUCGGGAUUCAGCAAGCAGGCUAUGAUGCAGGCACGGUCAAGUCGCUUGCCUCUGCUGUUGCUGCACCUUACCUCGCAAAAGGCCGACUUUGCGGACCUCCAGUGCGCCGGAUUCGUAUGGAACGAGGCAUUGGCUGCGUCGCAGGGGCCGCUCCAGGGCCGCUUUGACGUCGCAUGGAUCGAGCACCGUACACGGCCGCGCGGCAGGCUAGAAAAUCGCGUGGCGCUGUACCGCGACGGGGUCCAAGUCGCGUGA